AUGUCUGAAACUGAUUGGAAAAGUUCGUUAAAUCUUCCUGAAAAGGAUACAAGACCCCAAACAGAGGAUGUGUUAAACACAAAGGGCAAGAGUUUUGAAGAUCUCGGGUUAAAGAGAGAACUUUUGAUGGGAAUUUUUGAAGCUGGUUUCGAAAAGCCUUCUCCAAUCCAAGAAGAGUCAAUUCCAAUAGCUUUAACCGGUAGAGAUAUUUUAGCAAGAGCUAAAAAUGGUACUGGUAAGACUGCUUCGUUUGUUAUUCCUACCUUACAAAUGAUCAAGCCAAAGGUAAACAAAAUUCAGGGGUUAAUCUUAGUUCCAACUAGAGAAUUGGCCUUGCAAACUUCUCAAGUGGUGAGAACUUUAGGUAAGCACUUAGGAAUCCAAUGUAUGGUAUCAACCGGUGGUACCCCUGUCAAGGAUGACAUUUUAAGAUUGAAUGAUCCUGUUCAUGUUUUAGUGGGUACUCCGGGUAGAAUUUUAGACUUGGCUUCUAGAAACAUUGCUGAUAUGUCUGAGUGUUCUCUUUUCGUGAUGGACGAAGCAGACAAAAUGUUAUCUAGAGAGUUCAAAAGGACUAUUGAAAGAAUUUUAGAGCUUUUCCCAAGCAACAGACAAUCAUUAUUGUUUAGUGCUACUUUCCCAUUGGCUGUCAAGUCGUUCAUGGAAGAACACUUGAACAAGCCAUAUGAAAUCAAUUUAAUGGAUGAAUUAACUUUGAAAGGUAUUUCUCAAUUCUAUGCCUUUGUUGAUGAAAAGCAAAAGUUGCACUGCUUGAACACCUUGUUCAGUAAGUUACAAAUCAACCAAUCUAUUAUCUUUUGUAACUCUACCAAUAGAGUGGAAUUAUUAGCCAAGAAAAUCACUGAAUUAGGAUACUCUUGUUACUAUUCUCAUGCUAGAAUGCCUCAACAAGCCAGAAACAAAGUUUUCCAUGAAUUCAGAAUGGGAAAAGUUAGAAACUUGGUAUGUUCUGAUUUGUUGACAAGAGGUAUUGAUAUUCAAGCUGUUAAUGUUGUUAUUAAUUUCGACUUCCCAAAAACUGCCGAAACUUAUUUGCACAGAAUCGGUAGAUCCGGUAGAUUUGGUCACUUGGGUUUAGCUGUGAACUUGUUGAGUUGGGAUGAUCGUUACAACUUAUACAAAAUUGAGCAAGAAUUAGGAACCGAAAUCAAACCAAUCCCUAGUGUGAUUGACAAAUCUUUAUAUGUGGCUGAAAAUGAAUCAUCCGUCCCUAAGCCUUUCUCCACUGCACAAAAUGGUGCUCCACCUCAAGGUUAUCCCCCGCAGGCCUACCCACCUCAAGGCUACCCACCUCAAGGUUAUCCUCAGGGUUAUCCGCCCCAAGGAUAUCCUCCUCAGGGUUACGCCCCUCAUGGAGUUGCUCCUCAAGUUAAUGGGUACCCUCAGUAUCCUCAAUAUGGAUAUCCACCCUACAACGGCCAAUACCAGCAACCAAUGGCACAACCUCAACCCUCGACUCAAUCAUCCCCCACUGCCAAACAAUGA